CGGCGGUGAUGGUGAUGACGCAGCGCUCAUUGAGGAGUGCUUCACGCGCCCAGCAUUGGCUCGAUCGGUUGUGCUCGAGUUAAAAUGGCUUCGUCCUUUUGGAAAGGUGUUGUCGGUGUAGGCCUUUUCGCCUUGGCACACGCAGCUUUUUCAGCGGCACAGCACCGAUCCUACAUGCGACUGACAGAAAAAGAGAAUGAAACAUUACCUAUAGAUAUAGUGUUACAGACUUUGCUGUCGUUUGUGAUCACGUGUUAUGGCAUAGUACACAUCUCAGGCGAGUUCAAAGACAUGGAUGCUUCUUCAGAGCUCAAAAACAAGACAUUUGACACAUUGAGAAAUCACCCGUCGUUCUACCUGUUCAAUCACCGAGGCAGAGUACUCUUCUGCGCUCCGGAGCAGGAGACCUCCACUCCAAGCCCCCAGGCCUUACCAUCCAAUCCCCUGCGGUUACGCAAGCUGGAAAACUUUCAUUGAGACUGGCCUUCUGUGGGCUGCCUUGCCCGUUUUCAUUUUGUUUUUCUUAAAUUUAUUUGUUAGCUCCUCGGUUGGAAGGAAAAUAAGCAUAUUUUCCUGUCUUUAUGUAUAUGUGAAUAUGCUGUACAAACACGCAUCUCUUGUGGUUACUAUUUGUCAAUGGACUGUGCCAACUCCUUUUCCAGCUGAUAUGUUUGUAAAUACUUGUUAUUGCUUGGGAGUCUUAAGUCUGUAGGUUACGGCUGUAGCCCUCCGGUUGGCUGUCGCGCACAGGGCACGAAUCCUACCGUGUACAAUGUUGGUUUGCCA